AUGUCCUUAUUAACCCUCGGCCUCAAUGAUAAACUCAAUUCGUGUCUCGCGCAGGAGUAUCGCCUGGUGCUGGGCCAGCGGGGGGCGCCGGGACCUCAGCAGCCGGUGGCGGGGGCGGCGGCGGCCCACGGCUACGACGGCGAGGAGCGGGCGUCGCCGGCCACCGCGGACACGGGCCAGCAGGCGCUGCGGGACCACUUCUACAUCCGCGAGGGCAACGCAGACAUCCUGCGCAUCGUCACUCGUGGCCGCUCGGACGAGGCGGCGACAGCCCGACACUAUUCGCCGGCCUCGGACCCCCUGCAGCAGCAGCAACUGCAACAGCAGCAUGCGGCUCAGGAGGCGCAGGGCCAGCGGCCGCUGACGCUGGUGGCGGGCGCGCGGCACGCCCACUUUGACGCGGGCAAGGACAUGAUCAUGCAGCGCUUCAUGGAGGCGCAGCGCCACAACUCGGCGGCGCAGGAGGCGGCGGCGGCCGGCGGCGCCCUCAGCCUGCAACAGCAGCAGGAGCUGCUCGUGCGCAGACUCCUGCAGGAGGAGGAGCUGCGCAUGCGCCUGCAGUCGGAGCUGCAGCACCAGCAGCUGCACCGCGAGCAGCGCUUCUCAGGCGCGGGGCUCGACAGCCAGGAGACGCAGUCGCUGCCGGGCCAGGCGACCAUGGCCACGCAGACUCACGCCGACGUGGACACGAGCACGCAGACGGAGCCCGUGCCGCUGCACCUGCUGCGCCCGCCCAAGCGCCGCGUCAAGAGCGACAACGACGACGAGGACGAGGACGAGGACGUGGACGAGGACGACUCCUUCAGCGACGGCGAGGCGGCGGAGCGCGCCGAGGACGGCGAGGAGGGCGAGGACGGCCAGGCCACGCGCAGCGCGCGCCGCCCGCCCAGGCCGGAGGUGUCCUCGUCGGGGAGCGGCGGCGGAGUUUCGCGGCCCGGGUUCCGGCGGCGGCCGCUGAGCCGGCGGCGGCGCUCGCAGCGCGGCGAAAUCCGCUUCCGGCGCUUCGGAGGCAGCCUGCGCGACGGCAAGCGCUACAAGAUCAAGACGCCCAUCAUCGAGGAGACGGAGAGCGCGCUGGAGGCCGCGGGCACGCCGCGCCUCGCCGCCAACGCCGCCGCCUCCGCCGGCCUCGCGCGCGACCCCGUGCCCGCGCCCACCGCCUACACCGAGACCAAGUCCAGCAUGCUGCGCAGGCGCAAGGUCGGUUCGCGCCUCAGCUCGAGGACGCUCCCUGCGCCUAGGUCACUCGUCUGCGAUACUCGGAAAACGAAGUUCUGA